GCACACAACACAACACAACGGCAUUACUUUUACUCUUUCUUUGCCGCACUUAUUAGUGUUUCACUAACCAAAGACACAUUUCUUCACUUCUCUUUUUUCUUUCAUUUCUCUGCUGAAUUUGAGAAAAAGAAUGGCAAGCAACAUUGGUAUGAUGGAUUCUGCAUAUUUCGUAGGAAGAUCUGAAAUUCUUUCAUGGAUUAAUUCUACUCUCCAUCUCAAUCUCUCCAAAGUUGAAGAGGCAGCGUCAGGGGCAGUGCAUUGCCAGUUGAUGGAUGCGGCACAUCCAGGGAUGGUGCCGAUCCAUAAGGUUAAUUUCGACGCUAAGACGGAGUACGACAUGAUACAGAAUUACAAGGUUCUUCAAGAUGUCUUCAAUAAGCUCAAAAUUACUAAGCAUAUUGAAGUUAACAAACUCAUUAAAGGAAGGCCUUUGGAUAAUCUGGAGUUCAUGCAGUGGAUGAAGAAAUAUUUUGAUUCUGUUAAUGGUGGCCUCUUCCACAGUUACAAUCCCGUAGAAAGGCGCGAGGGGAGGAAAGGUGGGAGAGAAAUGGUGGGCAGAAAAUCAGCAAACGUCCAAGUUUGCUCCAAACCAAACACUUCUACCAACAGCAGACCUCAUUCAUCUCACAGCAACAGGAGAUCUGAUGGGUGUUCUGCAAACUCUAUUAAUCAGUCUUUAAAAGCUGCUAAACCCACUACUAAUGUAUCUGUAUAUGAAGAGCAGAUUACAGAGUUGAAGUUAUCUGUCGAUAGCCUUGAGAAAGAGCGCGAUUUUUAUUUCUCAAAGUUGAGGGACAUUGAAAUCUUAUGUCAGACUCCUGGGAUUGAAAACUCACCUAUUGUUGAGGCAAUGCAGAAGAUACUAUAUGCAACAGAUGAUGAAUCAUCUGUGGUAGCUGAAGCACAAGCUAUAGUGUCACAGCACAUGAAGCAUUUGAGUCCUAUCGCCGAGCUUACAGAAGAAAACAUAAUGAUCGAAAAUCAGAAGCGGAAAAGCACUGAAAUCAACACUCCUGUUAAUGGCAAACAACCUCAGAGGCAAAGGCUUUCUGAUGUUUCUAACAUUCAAUGCAGUGGAUCUCCUCUUAUUAGCUUCUAGAGGAGCCUCAUAUUGCAUAGUGUUUAGGGUAUUUCUUUUGAUCUUUUGUGUUGGAAUCUCAAGCAUUCCAUACCUUGUGGUUUGCUUGCUCUGAGUUACUAAAAGCUGCUAUAUUUAGGUAAUAUCUAUCCCCCUUGUAUUGAUCAUAUGUACCUUGGUGAGACUUAUUUGGCUUUUCAACUGAUUCAACCUAAUGAAUACUCGUCCUUUUUGCA